ACAAUUUAAAACGUUAAACUCUUCUUCGGAUUAUCCGUGCUUGGAUAAGGAAAUAUAUAUUCACAAAGUAGUGUGAGGCCACAAAUGUUUAUCUGGGGAUGCGUAUGGCAAAACAAAUGCAAACCAAUGACAUUUUUGUGAAUUGCGGUUCUAAAUGUCAACUUUGAAAGUCGUCGUCUCUUUUGAGUGUGUACAUAUACUUUCGGAAUGCGACGAACUUCAGAUGCAAGAAAAAAUUCUGGAGUAGAAUCUCCCAAUGAAGAUGUGUAUUCAAAACUAGACCAGUUACUGAUGUUUAAACCUAAUAACAAUAAUCCGUAUGAUUGCUCAAAAAAAGCCAAAAUUAGUUUGCGGAAAUCAUUGCUAUUUAAGACGGAAGUUAGAAAGGAUAUGUUAUGCAGCACUCCCACAGUCAAAGGACACUUACAGGAUCCAUUUCCAAGUGACAUUUCUUCAAUAAAUUUUUCUGAUAAUGAAACGGAUUAUCAAAAUGGACAGUUUGAGGCAGUUGUACAUGAACCACAUCACACAUUAAGUAGUCCGAGUCAAAUUAGACAGGACAGAAAAAACUUGGACAGUCAGUCUCAACUGAAAAAAUCAUAUCAACCCAAUGUUUCUGAGGAAGAACAAUGUAGUUAUGUUACUAGAUCAAUAAAAAAGAUUCUCAAAAAUAAUAUGGAAAAAUCUAGUUGUUCUAUAAAACGCAAAGCCACCUCUCGUGAGAAAUGUUUAAAUUGUCGGAAAUCACUUGAACAAGCGAUUACAGAAGGAUCAUCUUGUACAACAAUUCCGAAAACAUUACAGAAACUAAACAUAAUAACCACAUCAAAUGCCAAGCUCGAUAAAACAGGACUUUCAAAGUACUUCUUUAAAGAACUUUGCAAUAAUGCUUUAAGCAAUAAAAUUUGUGACAAAACAAAUUUGGAAAUUGAUAAUGUUAAUGAUUCUGUCCUGUUAUCAAUGGAAGAUAGAGAAAUAAAUGAACAUUUAAAUUCGUCAGUUUUAAAUAGAUUACAACAAUUACAAUCCGAUAUACCAUUAAGCAAAAAUAAUAAUUUCAAAGAUACACCAAAGUUAUUGGGGGGGAAAACGAAAGGGGGUGGUAGACUUAUGUCAGUGGUAAAUAAACUAUUAAGCUCUGCGGUUUCUAAAAAUGAUCCAACGACAAAGAGUAAACAAAAUGUCCAACCUACAAUUAACUUCAAUAGUAGUUCUACCUCUCCAGUUAGUGAUAUUGAUUUUGAAGAUUUCACGCUUUAUAAAACUUUAUUUUCACACAACGAAAUAAAAAAGAGAGAGAGUCCUUGGGAAUCUGAACUACAAGAUCUACUUUUAUUAGAUAAGAUGGAAAAUACACGAAACUUUACUGGGAAUAUUCCAGAUGUUACAUCAUUGGGUAAAAAUAUGUAUGUAAUUAACGAACCUAACAAAGAUAAUCGGAGUCACAUCGCAUCACUAGUUAAAGAAAUAAGACCAGUGAAAAAUACUGAAACAGUUCCUACAGAAAAUAGUCAAACUGAGAAUGAAGUCGUUGCUAAAAUAGUGAAUUUUAAGGAUUUCAUUCAAACAAGGACGCAAACUAAAAAAUACAGCUGUAAGAAAUUGAGUGAAGGGAAACAUGUGAGCUCUUCACCGAAACAUUCAGCAGAGCCUGAUUUCUAUAAAGAAAAUUCAAGUAACAAUGUUAUCGUUUCACGCGAACCACAAAGAAAAUUACCAGCCACGGAAAGCACCAUAAUUACACGCAAUAGAAAAAUUCAAUCAAAAAGGUCGCGAAGUGAAGAUGAAGUCAUUAUACAGGAUAUCCCAGAGCAGGAAGAAUCAUUAGAAAAAAGUCUACAAACAAUUAAAGAGAAUAAUCAGAGACGGAUUCAACCAGUUGAAAAAUUAAAUCCAUCAGUCAAUACAAAGACAGAAGUUUCUUUAGAAAAUGACAGUAAACAAAUGGGACAACGGAUGAAGCCAUUGAAACAACCCAAGAGAGACGAUACAACUAAAUCUGAAGAAUUAAUCAAAGCAAAGACACAAAAGAAUAAAAAUGAUAAUAAGAAACCGAUGAUAGAAAAAGGUGUGCGUGAAAGUACCCGAAAAUCUCUUAGAAAAAGGAAAAUUGCAACUUCUGGACUGUUAUACAAUUGCUACAUUUUAGAGACAAGACAAAGUAAUUUGGUUAAAACCAAAGGAGAAAAAUCUAAGCCAAAUAAAUUGAAGACAAACAGUAAUAUUAAAAGUGUUAGUUUAGAAAAAGUGUUAGAUACAAAUAAAUCUAAGAAUAACGCAAUUAAAAAUCAUGCUGAUAAUUACAUAAAUCAGAAACCAAACUUGGAAAAUGUUAUAGACGAAAGUAAUGAUGUGGUCUGCAUUCCCAGUACAUCUGAAUGUAAAGAAAAUUCUACUGCCACAAGAAGAGGAAGAAGAAAAAAGGAAAUUCAUACCCUGAGUAAUGAGACCAAUAUUCUGGGCAUAAGGGGAUUAACUAAUUAUGAUACAAACAGUACUUUUACAAUUAACAAAAACUGUGAACCGGACGUGAAAAAUACGAUUGAGGAAAGUAAUGAUGUGGCUUGCACUUCUAAUACAUCUGAAUGUAAAGAAAGUGCACCUGCCAGAAGGAGAGGAAGAAAAAGAAAUGAAAUCCACACCCAAAAUACUGAAACAAAUAAUCCGAACGGCACUUUUAACAUAAGCUGUGCAACUCGAAAAUCACUUAGAAUUAAAAGGAGGCCAAAUAAAUCACUUUUAUACCAUUGUUACGCAGUAGGGGAAAAAAGGGGCAAACAGUAACGUAUCACAAAUGUUCGUCAAAAAAGAAGAAAUUGUAAUGAUGAGUCUUAUAUUACGAGUGUGUCUUUAAGUAUAAAAAUGUAAAUUCGUGAGUAAAGAUUGAAACAAACGGACUAGAACCAUAUGGAAUCAAAGCAGGUUUUUAUUAUCUACUGAUCGUUGUUUCGUAAUAUUUUGUAUGUUAUAGUAUCUAGUGUUUACGUUUUGUUUUAAAAAAUAGAUGUUACAGGAAAAAUGGAUCGUAAGGAAGAGUGGAUAUUUAUUAUUAUUAUUAUAAUUAUUAUAGAAGUAAAUAAAAGGGUAGAAUAUAGA